AUGCCGAAAGUUGGUAUCAUUGGUGCAGGCAUCAGUGGACUAAGCGCAACCUACCGCUUGGCACGAUAUUGCCCGAAACACCAUGUCCAUCUCUACGAAAGCUCAAGCACCACGGGUGGUUGGAUCAAGACCAUGAAAACUCCAUCCGGCGGUUUAUUCGAAACAGGACCUCAUUCAGUCAGAGUGGCGACGAAUUUACAGUCUUCGGCUUAUGCACUGUCUUUGAUGACAGAACUUGGUCUAGAAAACGACAUCAUUUUACGAACCGCAAAGGACCCCGCCGCUCGAUUCCGCUUCGCCAUGUUCGACGGCCAAGUCACCCGCCUUCCUUACUCUCUUCCCAGCGCGCUUUUGUUCAACAAGCUUACCUGGGCGGAGAAGGUGCAAAUGGGCCUCGGCCUUUUCAAGAAGCAAAACCACCCGAGAGAUGUGAGCUUGUACAAUCUUAUCAAAAAAACCUUCGGACAAAAACCAGCAGAUUAUUUUAUCGAUUCGAUGACUCGAGGAAUCUAUGCCACGAGUUCCAAAAACCUCACAGUUCCAAAUACCCUGGCGGCGGUGGAGAAAUACUUCAUGACUGGCAUUCCCGCUCUGAACAUAUUAAAAUCAAUUGGGAACACGGACUAUACUUUUCCGGCCAAGCCGUUUUUGGAGCCUUAUUUUUCGCAGCCGAUGGACAGUGCGAAAAGUUCAAAGGCGAAAGUUUGGAGUUUGAAAAACGGACUCGAAGACAUGAUUCUCAAAAUGAACGAAGAAAUCGACCGUGCUGAAAAUGCAACGGUUCAUGUUAACACAUCCGCGGAGCUGAUCAGAAAAGAGGGAAAACAUCUUACAAUAGCGGAUAGCAACGGCGAAGAAAAAUCCUUCAACCAGAUUUUCGCUACUUCGAGUCCCAAAAUCCUCAGCACUCUUCUCCACCCUGACGACUUUCCCCAGGAGCUUUUUGAACUCCUAGAAGGAUUUGAAUCGACGAAUGUUUAUGUGACCCUGGUCGAGUUGAAAAAUAUGAUCUUGCCGAAGAAUCCUGGUUUUGGCUUCCUCGUGCCCAGUUGUGAGAAUCCGGAUAUACUCGGCGUCAUUUAUGAUUCUUGGGACGGGAUUAAUAUGCCAGAGCACGACGGCAGAGGAGCCAGGUAUACAAUCAUGUCUACUCGUCCUCAAAAAGAACUGCCUAAUCUGGUGCAAGAUGCAUUAGGAGCAAUUCUCGAUGACUCUUUUCAAGUUUCUUGGACACAUCAAGUUACUGCCGAUAUUCCUCUGAUGAACAAGUACCACCUCGAAAACUCCGAGAAAGUUCAACAACUCGCGCAAGAAAAUGGCAUCAAACUUUUAGGAAAUACUUUUACAGGCGUUUCCGUUAAUGAUUGUAUUUAUUAUUCAGCACUUGCUGCUCAAAAUUAUUCAAACUCUCUCGAUUACAGGGAACGCUUUUCUCAAUAA